AGUCUCCGUCACUCUCUUUAUUAGCUCUCUUUUUCUCUAGAAAUCACUUAACAGAGACUUUUUGGAGUUUUGAUCCUCUCUCGCUCUUUCUGGAGAAUCAGAGUACAAGGCAAUUGGUCAUGCUAAGCGUGAAGUAGGGUGCAUGUUCCAAGUUUGGUGAUUGAAUGAAUAGAGUAGUGUUCUGGUUCAGUUUCUGUGAGAUAUAUUGAUUCCAAGACAUUUUCUCGAUGGGGGGAGCUUGUUCUAGGAAGAGAGACCACCGAGAUGAUGAAGAUGAUUUUCAUCUAGGUGUUUCCAGAAGAUAUUGCAAAAGUGGGAGUUCAAAGUGGUUGACAACCUCCUUCACCCGCCCUGUUUUAGAUAAUCAACCAGGCAGAGGGAAGGGUCCAUCCCUCAUGGACUUGUGCAUCCGUAAGAUAUGCGAGGACAUUGAUAAAUAUAACACAUUCUCUAUGCUCCCAAGAGAUAUUAGUCAACAGAUCAUUAAUGAGUUGGUGUACUCCGGAUGCCUAACUGAUGUUUCUUUUGAAGGCUUUCGGGACUGUGCUUUGCAGGAUCUUUACUUGGGAGAAUACCCUGGUGUAAAUGAUUGUUGGAUGGAUGUCAUCUCCUCGCAAGGGUCAUCGUUACUCUCUCUGGAUCUCUCGGGUUCUGAUGUUACUGACAAUGGAUUAAUUUUUCUAAAGGAUUGCACAAGUCUCCAAGCAUUAAAUUUUAAUUAUUGUGACCACAUAUCGGACCAUGGCCUGGGACACAUCAGUGGUCUGUCUAGCUUGACAAAUUUGAGUUUUAGAAGAAAUAGUGCAAUUACUGCUCAUGGGAUGAGUGCCUUUGCUAAUUUGAUUAACUUGAUCAAAUUGGACUUGGAGAAAUGUCCUGAAAUCCAUGGUGGGCUUGUUCAUCUCCAAGGCUUAACAAAACUAGAGUCUCUUAAUAUCAAAUGGUGUAAUUGCAUAGAUGAUGCUGACAUGAAACCUCUCUCAGGGCUUACAAAUUUGAAAUGCUUACAAGUUUCCUGCAGUAAGGUUACUGAUUUUGGCAUUACUUACUUGAAAGGUCUGCACAAACUUUCUCUUUUGAACUUGGAGGGAUGCCCAGUUACUGCUGCAUGCUUGGACUCUCUUUCAGCUCUUGAUGCCCUGCUAUAUCUGAAUCUGAGCAGAUGUCAUCAUCUGACUGAUGAAGGAUGUGAGAAGUUUUCCAGAUUUGGGAACUUAAAAGUGUUGAACUUGGGGUUCACUGACAUCACCGAUGCUUGUCUGGUACACUUGAAAGGUUUGACAAAUUUGGAGAGCUUGAACCUGGAUUCAUGUAGGAUUGGUGAUGAAGGGCUGGUCAACUUGACAGGCCUUCAGCAUUUGAAAUGUUUGGAGUUGUCAGAAACUGAAGUUGGAAGCAACGGGCUCCGCCAUCUGUCAGGUUUAAUUAAUCUGGAAAGUAUAAAUCUUUCAUUCACUGUUGUUACUGACAGUGGUUUAAGGAAACUGUCUGGCCUGUCGUCUCUUAAAUCACUUAAUUUGGACGCUCGCCAAAUUACUGAUACUGGACUUGCAGCUCUUACAAGUUUGACUGGAUUGACACACCUCGAUCUUUUUGGAGCUCGAAUUACAGACUCUGGAACACACUAUCUGCGAAGCUUUAAAAACCUGAGGUCCCUAGAAAUAUGCGGUGGAGGAUUGACGGAUGCUGGAAUAAAAAAUAUUAAAGAUCUUUCAUCCUUGACCCUACUGAAUCUGUCACAAAACUGCAACCUGACUGAUAAAGCUUUGGAGUUGAUUUCUGGGCUGACGGGAUUGAUCUCUUUAAACGUUUCAAAUUCUCGGAUCACCAAUUCUGGACUUCGGCAUUUGAAAACACUGAAGAAUUUGAAAUCUCUGACAUUGGAGUCCUGCAAGGUGACAGCAAAUGAGAUUAGGAAGCUUCAGUUGACUGACCUUCCCAACCUGGUAAGCUUCCGGCCUGAAUAGUUCUGGAGGUAAUUUAAGUCUAACUUUCAGAUUCUGGCAGCAUGGACAUACAACUAUGUAUAUAAAUACAUUAUGGAAGAGAUCUGGUAAAUUUUGUAUAUGGUUGGACGUGUAUGUGGGUUUCAAAAUGUUCAGAUCUACAGGUGUAGAAAUUCUCUACGUGCUUCAUGUGAAGUUUUCUUCCAAAAUCGAAUUGUCAUGGAAGAAAAUGUGGAUAAGCUUCCCGGGCAUGGCGCUUCCGCCGCUUUUAAAUCCUUAGGCUUUCUAUGAAAAUAACCGUUGUAUAUACCUGCUUUUCAGUUGCUUCCUUGUACAGUAUCUAAAACAAUGGAUUCUUCAACUUAAUUUAUUUAUCAGUGAUUUUUGAUGCGUUUUA